ACACUGGAAGAGGUCACUGGUAACAGGUUUCUGGCUUCUGUGAAUGUGGAAGUCUUGAGACAAGCACGUUUUCCCCAGAAUGUAAAAAGUACAGGGCAGAAAUCGUUUGUUAGACUGACAGGACUUGGGAGUUGAGGCUUUUUUUAAAAAUUUGUUUCAUUUUUGUUUGGACCCAGUGAGAAACAUCAAACUGAUAUCCAAGGCAGUUACUUUAUUCCUGUAUGGUGCAGGACUGUAUGCAAGAAUCUAGUUCAAACAUUGACCUGUGUAGGUCAGUAAUGCGCUUAGCAGCGUCGACACUGCCGGAAUCCUCCAAGAAGAAGAAGAAGAAGAAGAAGAAGACACUGUUUAAAACAAAGAAAACCGAAGCUGGUGUUAUUCCCGCGACGAUUUGUAAAGAACUGAACAAACCGAAAACAGGGACCUCAGCUGAGAGACACUGGAGCGAGUCGGCCUUUUCGGAGCCCGGGCAAGAAGUAACGGGGGUCCUCACCCACACCAAGACGUGGCAGCACAUCACCCCAACCCUCACCCACCUUCACUGGCUCCCUAUUGAGUCCCGCAUCACAUAUGAAAUCCUCCUCCUCACCUCCAAAUCCCUCCAUGCCCCUGGCCCCACAGUACCUCUCCGACCUCCUCCAUCCAUACACCCCACCCCGAAACCUGCGGUCCUCAGACGCUCCAGGCCUGCUCUCCAUUUCCCACCACCAGACUCUGUACCUUCGGAGACCGAGCCUUUAGUGUUGCAGCCCCAGCCCUCUGGGACACCCUCCCUGCAGAUAGACAACUGCAGCAGCGGCAACCACGAUCCACGUGCCACCACAAUCCAGGGAAAUCUGCAGGCCGAGAAAGCCUUCAGGGAAGAAGCUAAGUUAGUUAGCAUCCAUGGGAUAUGA